UUCAAUAUUUUAACUCCAAAGUCAAAGGGGAAUCACUCUAAAUUUCCAUUUGAAACAUCCAUGAAAAAGAUCACAUCGGCAAAAUUGGAUAACGAUAACACUGAUGCUGCUUGUACAUCAUCAACGGUUUCCACAGCAUCAACAUCUGCUUCUGAUAACAUUCAUGUGGAAACACCUGUUUGCACAAAAAUCAACAGAAUACAAUCAUUUUGUGAUCGAAUGACACACGAACAAAAUAACGAAUUGAAUAUUUUGCUUGCUAGAGCUAUUUACACCAGUUCAGCACCACAUUCAAUUACCGAGAAUGAAGAUUGGAAAUUGUUUUUUAAAAAAAUUAGACCUUCAUACACCUUACCAUCGAGAUAUAUGUUAUCAAAUCGUCUCCUGACCGAAGAGUACGAGCGAGUUGAAGUUCAAGUUAAUGAUAAAAUUAAGCAAGCUGACAAUUUAUCAUUGCAAUGCGAUGGUUGGUCCAACUUGCGAAAUGAAAGUGUAAUUAAUUUCAUUGUUACAACACCCGAACCGUUAUUUGUCAAAUCAGUACUAACAAAAGCAGAGAAGCAUACCGCAGAAUAUAUAACAAAAUUAAUGGUUGAAGUUCUGGAGGAGUAUGGACCUAAAAAAUUUUUCGCUAUUGUGACUGAUAACGCAAAGAAUAUGAGGAAGGCUGUGAGACAAUGUGAAGAGAUGUAUCCCCAUCUUGUAUCAUACGGCUGUUUAGCGCACACAUUACAUUUAUUGUGCAGCGAUAUUUUGAAAUUAUCUUCAAUAGAGACACAUUUGUCACAUAUUAUACAUAUCGUUAAAACUAUUAACCAGUGUCAAGUACUGAGAGCUCAAUUCACAGAAAUAAGAAAUGAGAUGAAGUGUGGAGUGUCUCUUAGCCUACCUGUAAAAACAAGAUGGGGUUCACAUGUAAAAUGUCUUCAAGAUCUGACUAAAUGCAAGUCCGUCCUACAACGUCUAGCAAUAUCUCCAGAUAAAACAAUUCAAGAUAGAAUACGCAGCGCAAAAGCAAAUUUACUUGAUGAAGGAUUCUGGAUAAAUUCUAGCGCUCUUGUUGAAUUGCUUAAGCCAAUUACUGAAGCAAUAACACGUCUUGAAGGAGAUUCUUCGUCAAUUCAUUUGGUUUGUGAAACUUUCGCGAAAAUCGGUAGUAACAUAUCUACUCAUUUAGAAUGCGUGAAACUAACGGAUUGCGAAAAAACAGAAGCGAUGGAUAAAUUUAUAUCAAGGAAGGAAUACGCCCUUCAACCGAUCCAUUUUGCCGCAGACUUACUAAACCCUCGGUCUGUUGGUGCAAAUUUAUCAUCAGCCGAAAGGAUUGAAGCGAUGAAAUACAUUACUACUAUGUCAACCACGACCACGAUAGAGAUUGGUGAUGAAGGAGUGUCAAAGAUUACUGAGGAUUUAGGAAACUAUUUAGCUAAAACAGACUUUUUUGGCGAAACAUUUUUAUGGAACAUACUCGAUAAUGUCUCUUUGGUUACAUGGUGGAAAGGAUUUUGUGGACAUUCAUGCCUCUCCAAAGUUGCAGUCAGGAUAUUGACAAUGCCGUGCACUUCUGCGGCAACAGAGAGAAGCUUUAGCUCCCAGAGCAGCAUUCAUACGAAGAGAAGAAAUCGCCUAACAACUCAAAGGGCAGCAAAUUUAAAUUAUAUACAAUAUAAUUCAAAAUUGCUGAAACGUUCACGACAACAUCACAUACAAAGUCAAUAUCCUAUAGAAGAGACUGUACAGAACAACGUUUCGAUAGAAGGUAGAAACUUACAGAAGGAGAUAGAAGUAAUUGAAAACCAUAUUUCCGAAGAGGAAGAAUUAGACGAGGUAAUUUUAAAUUUAGGCAUUUUUUAGAUAUGUGAUAUGUGCAUGUGAUAUAUGCAGUUUGCUUCUUUUCCGAUUUUCCAAUGCAUUCCACCGUUUUCGAAUAAAAAAUUAUAAAUCUUAUGUUUUCAGACAAUAUCAUCAUGGCAUUCAAAUACAACAGGAAAUGGAAAUUCCGACGAUGAUUUUAAUUUUGCUGACUUUGCAAUGACCGAUGAUGAAAUUGAUCAAAGAAUGGAAACUAGGGAACAGAGACCAGCACGCAUUUUGAGACAAAGCAAAGUGAACAUUUUAGAAAACGUCUUAAUGAAAUCGGGUAAAGGCACAGAACAA